AUGGCUCUGGUAAUCCAGAUAUCUCGGGAAUCGGGGCAAGUAUUCUAUCCAUAUCAUCUGGGUGGUAAUGGACUCAUAUGGAAAAAGGCUAUGAUAUCGUAUCUACUACAGUCAAUCACGACGUUGAUAUUUGGUCCUAUACUCGCAAUCAUUGUUGCCAUAUGGGAGCUAAAAAGUGCCCAACUAUCGCAUCGUCGGGCCAAAAUUUACCAGGUUGUCAAAAAUAUUGCCUACAGCGCGGCAAAGACCAAUGUUUUUGUGUCAAUGUCUGUGGUGAUAGCUAGUAUCAUUCGACAAACUCAGAUACCGCCUGUCAGUGAGCAUAGUUUCCUCGUGUUACUGGGCUUCUUUGAGAUGCUCGUCAUUCUCGGAACAGUCGCAUCAAUGAUCACAUAUCGAAAUUUGGGAGAUGCAAGUAUCAUGGCCUUUGGAGUCUAUUUCAUCAUAGUGUUUGCACUUUCCUUUAUCAACACUUCCAAAAGCGGGAUCUCAUCUUUUCAGACGAAUAUUCUAGGGACAAUUACGAUGUACUGUGAGUCCGAGCGAGACUACCCAUUGCCGGCAUUGGGAAAUGUCGUCGUCGACGAUAUGAGAUUAUGGAGAUUCUUCUUUGCUUAUUGUGUAACUUGUUUGGCUGCUUUUACUGUUGUGGGCGUCAUAUUUGCUUUUUGCCAAUAUAUAAUACCGGCCUUGAUUCGGCAAAUUCAAACUCUGUUUGACAGGCCUUGCAAUGCCCUCGACAUUAAGCCGGAAUAUCAUUUCAGGUGUCUUGUCAUACUGGUACAAUCCUGUGUUUGGAUAGUAUCUCAGUGGAUUUUUCUGAGUUGGCUUAAGAGUAGCCGACAAGAUUUGAAGAAGGCAUCAGGGUCCUUGUACGAGGACUCAGAAUGGGGAUUUGGCCAAGUAACCGCGUUGCUCGCAUGGGCCCCACUAGUGCAUGACAUCAUUCUUGAAAUCUUUGGGCUCUUACUCAAAUCUAAUCCAUCCGUGGUAUACAAUGAUAUUCACCCACUCUCAACACUUUCGGGCCUUGCCAAUAAUGCAGAAGUCACAAAUGAUACUGUUCAAAUUUCAGAGCCGAUUGCUUCACCUUCUACUGCCAUAAACCACUCAAGGCCACCCUCAUCUAUUCAUUCGGGGCCAAAUCACGUGGACGGCGGUGGACAGCCCGUAGCUAUCGAUGUUCAGGCUCAUGAAUCUCGUCCACAAUCGAUCGACGACACUGUUGAGCGCCCGCGACUGAAUUUCCACGGGUCAGCCUCUGCUUUAUCGACGCUAGGCCUGAAGCCAAAUGGAGGGCAUAUAGAGCGAGAGCUGAUCCAGAGGGGAACAUGGCCUCGAAAUGAAUCUGGGACUUAUCUACCAACAUCCCAGUGA